AUGUCGCUCUCUGUGGAGAUAUUCCCUCUCCUUCCAGUUCUUGGUCGUGCUUCUGUUGCCAGAGGUCAGUUAGAGUUAGAGUUAGAGUUGGAGUUGGAGUUGGAGUUGGAGUUGGAGUUGGAGUUGGAGUUGGAGUCGGAGUCGGAGUCGGAGAUGCCGUUUUUGGCAGCUGAGAUGUCGAGCAUGUCGGGCAUGUCGGGCAUGUCGGAAAUGUCCGGCAUGUCUGAGGUUUCGGUGUCGACGAUGGGUGGAGGCACGACGGGAGCUCGCGGCGGCGGUGGUGAUGACGACAACGUCGACGACGACGCUUUUACAAACCAAGAUAUUUAUGACCCAGCUUCACCGGCGCUCCCACCUAGUACGACGCCGUCGACAACUACAGGUACAACGACUACAACGACUACAACGACAACAACGACAACAACGACAACAACGACAACAACGACUACAACGACAACAACGACUACAACGACAACAACGACGCCAACUCCAAUCUUGUGCACUGUGACCAUGGCAGAGCGGGAGCUGAGCUUUCCUCCGGAUGCCCUGUGCCACCUGCUUUUCUUCACGCAUGCGUUCUGUGAUCCUUCAACGGACAGGUUCACCAGCCAGAACUGGCGCGCGUUCAAGAGAUUUAAGGCAAUGGCACCACAGUUACAGAAGACCGAACUGGGGCUGUCCAUUGAUCAGCGAUAUACGAGCUUGUGUAUUCAGGCCCUGAAAAACAAAGGUGGGACUGAUGAUUUCGAGAGCCUCAUGAAGAACAACAUCAAGCACCACGGCUUGCUGUCCGUCACGGAACUCCCCGACAGUAAGGUGCUGAGCGUGCUUACGUUGCUCAGAAAUCUUCAACUGCGAGUAAACCCGGACCAGAAACUAGGACAGACCAACUUUCUUGUCAUUGGGAUAAGAGCACACACUACAAGCGCAGACUUUAAAGCGUGGCUUAAACCUGUCAAAGGUACCAACUGUCACAUCGUCUUGCUUCACACGCACAUUUCCCAGUGGAAUGUAACUGCUUUGAUGCCCCCGUCAGGUGCCAGCCUCUGGGAUAGUACGACCAAUAAGCAGUUCAGCAUGGAUAACACCAUUAAGCAGAUUUCGUCCAGCGAUUUCGCGGAAGAUGUGGUGUACAUGAUGACUAUGACAAUGGCGGUGCAGCUUUUCUACGGGUUCCCUCAAACCACCAACGUAGCUAGCUCAGCCGCCGCAGAUUUUUCUGAGACCUGCGACGCAGAGCUUUCAGAUCCCAAGGUAGUUCUACCCGAGAACUAUAUUUAUGUUGCAAAAACUUUCACCAACGGUACGACAACUUUCAAUCUCAGACUUUUCUAUGAUACGACUGCAACGAUGCAGAAAAAGUUCGACCUUGUAAAAACAGCGAUUGAAGCGAAAAGUCCGGCCAUCAAGAAUGUGCGAGGUUGGGCUUUCUUCGAUGUGGACCGCGACGACCCCGGGUCUAUAUGUGGCACAGCGUUCCAGAGGCUGUCUGAAAGCGUCAAAUACUUGAACCCUUAGACGGAAAAUACAUCGUAGAAACAGUCGUUAUUGAUGCAGUCGCUUUCACCGGCUUGCAAGAAGAACGUGACCCGCUUUUAGAAAAGCAACAUCAGAAGCAAGCAAAGGCAGUCCCUUUCAGCACCCGCCCACACCAUUGCAUAGAACGGGUCUUAUGCUGCCCUCUUAAAAAAGGGUGCACGUUAAAAUGUGUGUUGUGUAACUCCUUUUGGGGGAGUACACACUGACUCCCUUCAUAGGGUGAGUGAGGAUACUUCGUUAACGAGGGUAAUGGAGAGUAAUUGUACACUGCAAAGGGAGUGAUAUAUGUGCUAAGUGCGGGACUACACCCAACACACCCUUUUUUAAAGAGUGGAUGGGGAUCACAUAGAACGGCGAAAGCGCUCUUGCCGAAGCGCUAGCAACUGUUUGUAUUGAAAGCAAUGAAACAAUUUGUAUUGUAUGCCUGCCCGCGGCAACCUCGCAAUGAACAACGGGCGAUCAGUUCACGGUGAACGCUGACCCGAUCUAUACCAAGGUUUCAGAAUAAAAUUCAAGAGUACGG